GAGAGAGAUCGACGGGAGGAAGGAGAGGGUCCUCGUUUCUCACGAGGAAGCGGCGGGCGAGAGCUGGCGGAGGGCGCCGUCGAUGGCUCACGAGACUUGGAUCUGGAGUUGGGGCGCAGGAACGCGCGGGCAGCUGGCUUCCGCUGCCUCGAGCGACAGUCUGGAGCCGCUUCGAUUGUCGUCCUUCGCGAAUGCUCGGCCCGUCGGCGAUGGCUCCACGGCUUUCCGUCCUUGCGCCUCGUCGAUCCUCGACAUGGCCUGCGGAGGUGCACACGCCGCUGCACUUCUGCGGGAAGCAGGUGAGGAGCAUGCACAGGUUGUGACUUGGGGAAAUGGAGAAUCUGGUGCUCUCGGCCACGGAAAGGAGUUGGGGGAUGUGAGCGCUCCAAAAAUCGUCGAGCUUUUCCACAGCAUCAAUGUCUGUUCUCUUGCGGCCGGAUGGAGCCACACUGCAUUCGUGACUGAAUGUGGGGAGCUGUAUACGUGCGGAAGUGGGUCAUUUGGGCAACUAGGACAUGGUGAUUGUGAAGAACGUUUGCUUCCAUGCAAAGUACAAUCCUUGUCGAGCAGAGCUGUGGUGAAGGCAGCCUGUGGCAUGCGUCACACCCUAGUUCUAACAGAUACCCAAGGAACUCAUGCAAAAUCUGCAGUAUAUUCUUUCGGUGCAUCUAGAAGAGGCCAACUCGGCCUUGCAGAAUUGGAUGUCCAUGGGACAGAGCGGUUAAGUUCUCAAAAAAUUGUGAAGGUCUCGAUUCCUCAGGAGAUUAAAGAAUGGACUGGAAACCAAGUCGUGGAGCUGGCAGCGAAUGGAGAUCACAGUGCAGCCAUCACAGAAGGAGGCUGUCUUUAUAUUUGGGGACGAGGGUUUUGUGGCCAAUCCGACUUACGUAUACCUACACGAGCCAGCCAUCCAUUACGCUUCUGUAGAGUGGCUCUUGGUUGGAACCACGGACUCGCUCUGACCGAUGAAGAUGUAUUGUGGGCUUGGGGUAGUAACCAACGCGGACAGCUUGGUAGUAUAGAAGGUACACAGAAGGAGCCCAGUCCAACAAGUGUAGAGAAUUUUUUCAAAGAAGGUGGUUGCCGCGAUGAUUCAGUCAUAACUUGUUCUGCGGAUCAACAUUGGCCCAAAAUGGUCAGAGUUCAUGGACUGGAAGGCAGAAAAGUGGUUUCCCUGUCUGCUGGAUCAGAGCACUCUGCAGUAUUUUUGGAAGACGGUGAACUCAAGGUGUGGGGCUGGGGAGAGCAUGGUCAACUAGGUUUGGGUAAUACUGAUGAUGCUCCAAUUCCGCAAAUCGUCAUUCUCCCGGGAAAUCUCAGCAAAAAUGAAUUUACCUGGCGAGUAAUUUGUGGUAGUGGUUUCACAUUUACUGUUGGCGAGAAAUCAUCCAACUUUUAAUCGUGUGCACUGAGGUGCUCUUCGUUUUCAUGGAGCUUCUGAUAAUAAUGCAAGAAAUUACUAA